AUGUCCGAGUUUGCCCAAGUUCCCACAUACACCAACGUGUACCACCACAAACCCUAUGCGGCAAUCUUGCCUACUCGUCCCGAGCUCUCUACCAAGGGGAAACACGUUGUCAUCACCGGUGCCGGAACCGGCAUUGGAGCGGCCAUAGCACUGUCGUUUGCUCAGUCUGGUGCUUCGAGCAUCGCCCUGCUGGGACGUACUGAGGCCACUCUGCUUAGGACCAAGCAAAGUGUAAACGCCACAUACCCUGAGACGGCCGUGCACAUCGUCACAGCAGACGUUGCUAACGAGGCAUCUGUGCGAGCCGCGCUUGAGGAGUACGCUUCGAGCGCUGGGAAGAAAUUGGAUAUUCUCGUGGCCAAUGCCGGGGUCUUCCCCGACCCGGGAACGCUGCUGGAAUCUGAUGCCUCUUUAUGGUGGUCAGGAUAUGAAAUCAACAUCAGGGGACAGUUCAACCUCGUUCGAGCUUUCGUACCUCUAGCAGAGAAGAACGCAACAGUCAUCAACGUGACGACUUCCGUCAUCCAGUUUCCCUUUGUGCCCGGCUCCAGCGGCUACCACGGAUCGAAGAUGGCAGCCAGCAAGAUUUUCGACUAUCUUCAUUUUGAGAAUCCCGAGCUGAGGGUGCUGCAGUUUCACCCUGGCGUGGUGCAGACGAGCAUGUCACAAAAGUCGUUUGACAAUGGAAUUCCGAGGCCUGUGAUGGACGAUGCAUCUCUGCCUGGUGCAUUCGCGGUUUGGUGUGCGAGUGCAGAAUCAGAGAGUCUUCGGGGCAGGUUCCUGUGGGCAAAUUGGGAUGUCGAGGAGCUCAAGGCCCGGGAACUGCAGGGCACUCAGCAGCUGACGAUGGGGCUUCUUGGGUGGCCGUAGAUGAAAUUGUCAAAGGGGAGAGAGUGUGUGUGCCGGUUGGGAGUUUGGAUGGAAAUUUGUG